AUGGCCUGCCCCAGUCUCGCCUGCUGCCUGCUUGGCCUCCUGGCUCUGACCUCCGCCUGCUACAUCCAGAACUGUCCCCUGGGCGGCAAGAGGGCUGCGCUGGACUUGGACACGCGUAAGUGCCUCCCCUGCGGUCCUGGCGGCAAAGGCCGCUGCUUCGGACCGAACAUCUGCUGCGCCGACGAGCUGGGCUGCUUCGUGGGCACCGCCGAGGCGCUGCGAUGCCAGGAGGAGAACUACCUGCCCUCGCCCUGCCAGUCUGGCCAGAAGCCGUGCGGGAGCGGGGGCCGCUGCGCCGCGGCGGGCGUCUGCUGCAGCCCGGAUGGCUGCCGCAUGGACCCCACCUGCGACCCUGAGUCUGCUUUCUCCGAGCGCUGA